GCGAAUAUGCUUACAUUCAUUAUUUAUUAUAUUUCACAUAAUCCAGAUGUGAAAAAAAAAAUGCUAGAAGAAAUUGAUAGUAUAUUCCAAGGUGAUAAAACGCGAUCAAUUACUAAAGAUGAUUUUUAUAGUUUAAGUUACUGUGAAGCAAUUGUGAAAGAAGCAGCUCGCGUUUUCCCAAUUAAGCACAUGCUUACAAGGUGUAUUGAUAAACCUGAUGAAGUAGCGGGAUAUCAAUGGCCAGCUGGCACAUUGUUUCUAAUUAAUAUUAAAGCUAUUCAUAAUUGUGAUGAUUAUUGGGAAGAACCCAAUAAAUUUAACCCUGAUAGAUGGAUGGUUGAAAAUUUUGAGCCAAAGAAGAAUUCUUUUAUCAUGUUUGGUGGAGGAUUAAGAUUAUGUCCAGGAAGAAAGUUGGCAAUGAUUGAAUUAGUUUGUUUGAUGGCUUUAUUGUUUAGG